AUGUCUCCAGCACUCUUGACUGCUGUCGACUCCACUGCACAUAUACACCUCAUCAUUGCAUCAAAUCCUCUCGCUGGCGCACGAUGUAGUAAAUCGCUCGAAGUCGGUGCGACACCGAUCCUCGUCGCGCCUGAACACGCCAACAUACACUAUGGCCUUGCAAAGAGAAUAGAAGAGAAGCAUGUACAAUGGCUGAAACGUGAUUUCGAAGAGCAUGACUUGACCACACUUGGACGGGAAGAGGUCGACCAUGUUGUGGAUGCUGUCUUCGUCACAUCUGGUGGCAAGUCUGCGUUGGCGACGAGGAUAUCCACACUCUGCCGAAGACUACGGAUACCAGUCAAUGUUGCAGAUGCGCCGAAUUUGUGCACAUUCACACUACUGUCAACGCACUCGUCGGGGCCUCUGCAGAUUGGUGUGACGACUUCAGGCAAAGGUUGCAAGCUCGCCUCGCGCAUACGUCGUGAGAUUGCAGCAGCAUUACCUCAAGAUUUGGGAGAAGCAGUCGAGAGACUAGGCACAGUACGGAGAAGGAUAUGGGAACAAGAUCAUGCAGAUGAGGCAGGAGCAGAUCUCGAGGCAGAAGACGAGGAUGCGGGACAAACAGCGACCUUUAAUAAGCUCGUGUUGCCGACAGAUGCUGAAGCCGCGAAAGCUAGGCGCAUGAGAUGGCUUGCUCAGAUCUGUGAAUACUGGCCAUUGAGGAGGUUGGCAGCUAUCACCGACGAAGAUGUGGACAAUAUCCUGCAGGCAUACAAACAAGAGAAGGUCAACCCAACAAAUGCGAGCGACCAAUCUCCACUCAGCAUAUCGACACUAGACUCGAGGCGCCUGCGAGGUCGUAUUAUACUGGCAGGAUCGGGUCCAGGGCACCCUGAUCUACUCACUACUGCCACACUGAAAGCGAUUCGAAGCGCGGAUCUGGUUCUGGCUGACAAGCUUGUGCCAGCCCCUGUACUUGAGCUCGUACCGCGAAGAACGCCAAUCCAGAUUGCACGCAAAUUCCCAGGCAACGCCGACAACGCGCAGGAAGAACUGCAUAGGAUGGGUCUUGAGGCACUGAAUCAGGGCAAGACCGUCCUCCGGCUCAAGCAAGGAGAUCCUUACCUGUACGGCCGCGGUGCAGAAGAGGUUGCCUUCUUCCGUGAGCACAAGUAUGAAGCCAUCGUGCUUCCUGGUAUCACUUCGUCACUCAGCGCUCCGCUCUUCGCACACAUACCAGUGACGCAUCGAUCUGUGAGCGACCAAGUGCUCGUUUGCACAGGCGCCGGCCGUGGCGGUGCUGCCCCGACUCCGCCUGCAUAUCUACCAAAUCAGACUGUGGUGUUUCUCAUGGCCCUCCACAGACUGAAAGACUCCGUCAAAGACGGCGUAGCAACGACAGGUCUCAUCACGACCCUGACGAAGCACGAGAGCUCGCCUUAUCCAUUAACAACGCCGUGCGCCGUGAUCGAGCGCGCUUCAUGCCCCGAUCAGCGUGUCAUUAGGACAACGCUCGAGCACGUCAAUGCGGCGGUCGAGGAGGAAGGCAGUCGCCCGCCGGGCUUGCUGGUUGUGGGCGCAUCUUGUGAGGUUCUGCAUCAGUCGCCGCAGAAGUGGGUGGUGGAAGAUGGUUUCCGCGGUCUUGAUGCGCUUAAUGGUCUCAAUGAGAGUGCUAAUGGACUUGAUGGGUUGAGGGACGCGCUGGUUUCUAUGCCUGGGACGCCGGGGACGGAGGAGCCGAAUUUACUUGGGGCGCCGGUGACGGUGUGA